AAACAUCACAACUGUUUGGGCUCUCAACAAUGAUCGCGGGCACUUUAGAAGAAGAUGUCGAUGGUACCAGCACAUCCACAGGUAGCACCACGGUGUCGGCAGAGCCCUCAACGCUACACCUGGCCACCUAUGCCAGUCGCUAUGCGGAUAUAGCACGCCUCAAUCGUUUAAAAUUCAUUGCCAAAGUGUGCCCCAAGCUGCAAGUGCCAGCCCUAGAGCUGGCCAUCAAUCAUGUCAAGACAUUCACAUACAAUGUUCAGCUCUACGAUGAACUCUACAGGACCCUGUGCGAGGCCAUUGAAAAGCGAGAGGCAGAAAUCGAACCGAGCGACGAGGUGGUUGCCAGCACAUCAAAGGCGUCGUCCUCCUCGGAGGCGGGAUAUAUCAAGAAGGCCGGUCGUCGUGUGCCCUACGAUGCCUUUUGGGUGGAGGACAACACCAUGGAGUCGACGCUCCUGCAGCAGGAGCUGGAUGCGGAGCUGCAAUACAAGAAGGCGAAUUCGGGCAGCGCCAAAGUGAGGCGCAUACUGGAGGAGAUCGGGGACUAUCAUCUGAAGGGCUAUAACCUGAAGCUGGCCGUCAAGUAUUACGCCAGGGCCAGGCAGUACUGUACCAGCACCGAUAAUGUGAUCAAUAUGUUUCGCAAUCUGAUCAGGGUCUCGAUUUACAUGGCCAACUGGUGGCAUGUCCUCACCUACAUCGAGGACGCCAAGAAGUACGCCCUUGGCUUUGAGAAUCUCGCACAGAAGGUGCCGCCCCAGCUCAACUGUGCCGCCGGAUUGGCCAAUAUGGGCCUGAAGAUCUAUAAAACGGCUGCACAGUGCUUCCUGCAGACGCCGUUCGAUCAGUAUGAUUUUGAUAAGAUUGUGGCCCGCGAGGAUGUCAGCUACUAUGUGGGUCUGUGUGGCCUGGCCACCCUGGACCACGACCAGCUGGCUCUGGACGUCAUCAAUUCGGUGGGUUUUCGGCCGUUCUUUCAGCUGUCGCCGCAAGUGUUGUCCCUCGUGACCACAUUCCAUGCCGGGGACUUUGAGCACUGUCUGCUGGUGCUGAACCAAAUCGAGGAUCACGUGAGAUUGGACUAUUAUCUGGCGCCGCAUGUGGAUACGCUGUUCGGGAAGAUCAAGGCCAGAAUUCAAAAGAGAAGGGCCCCCCCCGCUGUUCCCGCUGCCAAAGCACCGCAAAGGUUAAGGGUCAUUAACGAGCGAAGAAAUAUUCGCAUGGACUGAAUAUUGAUAUAUUCAAUUUUCUGGGUUUUUCAAUGGGGAGGGGGGAAGGGGAGGUUCUUUAAGUUAUAGUUAUGCUAAU